CUUGACUUCAGUGUGUGAAUGGCAACGAGAAGGGGAGGACGUGUCGCCCGCACCUCCCGGACAAUUACGUUACAUAUGACAAAUAUUUCGAGUAGGCGAAUUUAACGAGAGUGAACGACAAGUGCACGCCGCGAGCCACGAGCGGGGCCGUGUGGGAGUGCUGGAGUCACCUGGCACCAAGGAAUAUGACGUGAUAAAGGGGCAGAUUGCAUUGUUGUCCUUGAGAAAUGGCGAGGCUUGAAGGGCAGCCAUGGGUGAAGGCCCCUAUUAUUUUCCUCUUUGCGGCCCUCCACCUGUGUUCCGCCGGCUGCCCCUCCGUCUGCAGCUGCCUAGGGGCCAUCGUCGACUGCUCCAGCACGGGCAUCAAGGAAGUCCCUCAGGAUCUCCCGGAAUGGGUGGAAGAAUUGGACUUGAGUGACAACAGAGGGUUCCAGUUAACUCCAGAUGCCUUCCAGGACCUUCCUCUGCUUCGUAUCCUAUAUUUACGUAAAUUGAACCUGUCUGGCCUGCAUCGUCUAGGAAACCUGCCUUCGCUAACUGAGCUGUACCUGAGUGACAACCGGAUCAGUGACGUGGAACAGGUGGAUCUGGAGGGGCUGCCCGGCCUGCUCCACCUCGACUUGUCACGGAACAGACUCAAACACCUCUCUUCUCGCCCCUUCAGGAACGUGACACUCGCUCGCCUUAACCUGAACAAGAACCAGUUGCGCCAUCUGGAACCGUCGUCCUUUGAGUCCCUGGGUUCCCUGGCGGAGCUCAAACUGUCCAGGAACCAGCUCACCUCACCAAUCUUCAACCACACCAACUCAGUCUUCGCCAACCUCACCAACCUCAGGAUCUUGGACCUGAGCGGGAACCAGCUGAACAACCUCAAGGGUCUUAUGUUCAGGGACCUCAAGAAGCUAAAAAUUCUGCGUCUGAGAAGAAACGGCAUUACUUCAUUCAGUGACGGCUCCCUCUUUGGCCUUGACUGCAUUGAGAAGCUAUACCUGGACUUCAACAACAUCACAACAGUCUCCAAAGGUCUUCUGUUUGAUCUCAAGUCCCUCGCUCACCUCUCCCUCAAGUCCAACCAGAUCCACUCCAUCCGCUCCGACACGUGGCAGUCAACCAAGUCCCUCAUCUCCCUGGACCUGAGUCACAAUCGCCUGGUGAUGCUGCGGGAGGCCACCCUCAAUGGCCUGGUCAAACUCACCUCCCUCAAGCUGUCCCACAACCACCUGGCCCAUGUGGAGCACGCCGCGUUCAAGGCCACGCCCAACCUCAUCAACCUUGACCUGAGCCACAACGACCUGCGGUGGAGUGUGGAGGACAACAGCGGAGUGUUCAGCAGUCUGCUCCACCUGGAGGUCCUCUCGCUGGCACACAACAACAUAGAGACCAUCCACGUGGAAACCUUCCGUCCCUUGGUGGCCCUCUCCAGCCUGGACCUGAAAGGCAACCAGCUGCGCACGCUGCCCCACAACCCCUUCAUGGGCCUGAAGCACCUCACCUCUGUGGCACUCAACACCUCCAGCCUGGUGUGUGACUGCCACCUGUCCUGGCUGCCCAGCUGGCUCGCCUACUUCACCACAAACUCCUCCACCGCCCCGCCCUCCUCCACCAUGGAGUGCAAGUACCCGCCUUCCCUCAAGGGGCGCCGCGUCACCUCCCUUAGAGGCACUGACUUUAGCUGUGACUCCUCGCCGCGGCCCAUCAUCAGCCACUCCCCGGUAGACCGCGUGGUGCUGCACAGCACCAACGUCACCCUGGCCUGUGUGGCACACGCCGGCGUCAGCGACUCUCAGGCAAAGUUCCUGUGGCGCAAGAACAAUCAGCUGCUGGUGGACUUCCCCGUCACCACCACAGAGCAGGUGGUGACCGUGGAGGGCCGUGUGCUGCACAACAUCACCUCACGCCUCCUUCUCUCCAACGUGUCGGAGCAGGACAGUGGCGAGUACCAGUGCGUUGUGCGCAACGACUUUGGAGCGAGCUACUCCCGCCGCGCCCACAUCCAGGUGCACAUCUACCCCUACUUCACCAAGCAGCCCGCCAGCGUGGCCGUGCGCAUCGGGGAGGUGGCCAAGCUGGAGUGUGCCGCCAGCGGCUCCCCGGCCCCGGAGAUCUCCCUGCUGAAGGAUGGCGGUGAGGAUUUUCCGGCGGCACGGGAGCGCCGCAUCCACGUGCUGUCCAAUGAGACGCUGUUCUUCAUCAAGCCGGUGACGCCGCUCGAUGAGGGCGUCUACACCUGCCGUGCCACCAACGCCGCCGGAGUGGCCUCCGUCGACGCCCGGCUCACCAUCAGGCAGAUCCCAGAGUUCACCAAGCGGCCCAAGGAUGAAGUGGCCACACUGGGCCACAACACUGUCCUAGAGUGUCGGGGCACUGGGCUACCUGUCCCCAAGCUGACCUGGAGCAAGAAUGGCGAGCCACUGCAGAGCGACGGCCACUACCUGCUGGUGGAUGACAGUCAGUACCUGCUGAUCAAGGAGACCCGCCUGGAGGACCUCGGCACCUACACCUGCGAGCUGACCAACAUCCUCGGCACCACACGGGAACACAUCAACCUGUCCCUGCGAGACUCCUCCUCAGCGGGCAGCACCACCACAGGCAUCGUGGUGAUUGCGGUGGUGUGCUGCGUGGUGCUGACGUCCCUGGUGUGGGUUGUCAUUAUUCACCAGACCAGGAAGCGCACCCAGUCAGCAAGUGGCCUGACCAGCCCUGCCGGCUAUCCCAGCGACAAGGGCGCCCUGGCCCGCUACCCCGCCCCUCAGCACCACGCCCUGGCCGCCCACCACCACCUCACCUCAGAGCUGAUGCACAACAUGACACCGCUGCUGGGUGCCACCGAGGGCUACCCCAGCGGCCAGGACAGCGGCUCGGAGCACUCCAGCGGGAAGGACUCCGGGACAGGGGACUCUGCACAGCGCUCCAAUGAGGACCUCCUUCCCCUGGACUUCAACAGGCCAGGACUGCGGCGCUCCCUCAUUAUCUGCUCUGACUCAAGGGGCUCACCAGUCAUGAGAGGUGUGAAUGGCCUUGGUGUUGGAGGUGGAGGUGAACCCGUGGCCUGUGAGGAGGUGCUGGGCCGACCAGUUCUCUCCACCUUCAGUCCACAGCACCUCUCCCCAAGCAGCUACAGCCCCUCCAGCCACUACACCGCCAGCCUCAGGCGAGGCUCAAACUCUCGCCUGUUGCCCGUGUCCUCCCCUGUCACCCCUUCCUCCACCCUGCCUCGUGGACCCUCCCUUCCCUACCAGACAAGACCUUGCUCCCCGUAUCAGUCAGCCUCUGGUUCCCCCUCCUCCUCUGAGGCGCAUAGCAGAGGCAGUCCCCUGGCCCAGCGACACUCCCCAGACGGUGGGGAUGCCAUUGACGAGGGCCAGGGCUACAGCCUGCACCGCCAGGCCAACGGUGACCUGCCCUGCGUGCACAGUGGCGAGGGGAGUGCUGUGCGCAGCCCCCGGGCAUCUGUGUCCAGUGCCAGUGACCACAGGAGUGAGCUGGACCUCAGGAUGGACAUGGCAGAGGUUCAGUUCCUUGGCCAAGUGCAUGGUGGCCGUGUCCUGGAGGGGAGAUAAUGGCCAUUGGGUUGGCGGGAAGGGCAGCCCGCUGCCCUCCCCUCGUGUAGGCAUUCCUCAAGCUAGUGGACAGUGUGAAGAGGUUUUGUAAGUGCAUUAUCUGUAUAAAGAAAGCAUCCAAAUGUGUGUACAUACCUGUAUAUAUAUAUAUAUGUGUAUGAGUAAAGCUGGACUUUAUGUAUGCAGAUAUCAACUGUUUGAGACAGUUCAGACUGCACAAGACAGGCAGCAGCAUCAAGGCUGCCCGGUGCUGGGCUGGUGCCGUAGUUUCUCAAGUGCUGCCAUCUGGAGUGCCAGAGUUCCUCUGUGGGAAACCCCCGUGAUAAGAAGACAUCUUGGCCACACUCACUCAGCCACUCACAGUCAGCAAGUCUCAUUAUAUAGAAGGUGUACUAUGGGCACAUGAACCUGGAACAGCAGCAGCAGCAGCAGCAGUAGCAGUGUGUGGAGCAGAAGCUCAGCCCUUAUGGCAGGGAACAGUGUGGUUGGUGUGGAGCCAUGGAAGCACAAGGCAGUGGUGGCAGCAACCAGGCAUGACAGGAGUGCAGGGUGGAGUGUGGAGGUGUCCCGCAGCCUGGCCACCCCUGCCACCACUCUCUCCUUGCCUCAGCCUUUGCCUGAAGAGAAGGAAUCCAGCACCACACCCACACCUCCAAGGACUCCCUGCCACUGUUCCAAGGAGCAGAGUUGCACGUGCAUUAAUAACUGGAAAUGUGUUCCGUCCCAAGUCUUGCCACGGCACGAUGCCUUUAGUGUGAGGGACACAAGGCCACUCACACUGCUAAACCUACCCUCAACAACAUUCUCCAAUCAAAAUUGCAAUCCCUCCCCCAGAAGCUGUCUGUGCCUCACCAACAGGAACGGAGACGUCCACAAGGCUGCGGCGCUGCACCGGCCGUGUGCUAACUUGGUGCACUGGCCACCCACCCCCCUGCUCUCCAGCCAUGCUGAGGCAGGGCCCGGGGGUGAGGGAGCCCCAGUGCACCAAUGCAUUGUUGUUUUGUAGGCUUGAUUUUACUACAUCAUAGCUGAAAAAUAAUCUGUGUUCCUUGUCUACUUAGAAUAUUUUUAUAUUGAUUUUGAAUUACUUAGGAACAUCUCUUUUGCUUCGUAGGAAGAACUGUGCAGUUGCUUUGUAAUGUAGUGACACUGUCCUGUGGAAAGGCAUCUGUAGAGCUGCUAUUGUACCAGCAUUGUAUCAACAGUGUGUGUGUGUGUGUGCAUGUGUGCAUGUGUGCAUGAGUGUGUGUGUGUGCGUGCUUGCAUGUGUGUCCAGCCUCCUCUUGUCGUAGAGCACUGCAAUGUUUGUUCCUAACAGUGGUCGAGUUCAAAUACUGCAAGUCUGUGUUGUGACGUAGGUUAAUGAGGUGUGCUGAGCGCAGCGUCGUGGUUACUUCACGCAUUUACUGACACUUGAGAAACUAUUGUACAUUUAAGUCGACCUCAAACUAGUCACCUUCUGACGUAAGCAGUUACUAUGUCACAACCUCCUCUCGCAGCAGCUUCUCCUCACCCGAGACAGCAGGGUGCAGGCAGCUCCCCCCACACCCUGGCAGGGCCGCCUUCAGGGGCUUGUUCAAAGGUGAAGAUGUAAUGUACAGAGUCUGAAGGCACAAUAUCAGACAUUCUGGCUCCUUUUUAUGCUUCCUUCCUUCCUUCCUUCUGUACUGUUGUUUUCCAUGUCUUUCUGUUUAUGUUCAUUACCAUCUCUCUCUCUCUCUCUCUCUCUCUCUCUCUCUCUCUCUCUCUCAUAUCCCUUUAUUACUUAAAAAAAGAUCUCAGAUAAAUUUUCACAACACACACACACACACACACACACACACACACACACACACACACACACACACACACACACACACACACACACAGCACCUACCUCCCCCUGCCACCCCCCCCCUCACCCCUGCAUUGCCUCUGUGAAGAAAACAGCCCAGGGUGAUUGGACAUUGUUCUAAAUACUGAUUGUUAUCACUGUUACUUUUUUUUUAACAUUUAUUUAUUAGCAAGUAAUGAAUCCUAUUUUUAUGAGUAGAAUUAUUGUUAUUAUUAUUAUCAUUAUUAUUAUUAUUAUUAUUAUUGUGGUUCUGGAAAGCAAAUGUGCAGUUUUUAUACAUCAGGUUAUGGUUUUGUAUGUGAUUUUAUAUAUAUUUAUUAUUGUUCAUUUCGUACGUCGGCACAAAUUACGUAGAACAAGAUUAUCAAAUUAUUAUUAUUACGUCGAUACGUCAAACUGUUUUCUAUUCUGAUUUUUAUUGAAGUAUAUUGAACAAAAUAUGUACAGCUCUUGGUUUGAAGGAAAGAAUUAAUUGAGUAAAUGAUAAAGGUUAAGUGUAAGAGUCCAGCAUGUGUAUGGUAAAGACUAACCUUACAUUCUUAGCUUAGUAAGGCACGGAGAAGAAAUUACAGCAAGUUUCCAAAAGAUUUUUAGCAAUGGAGAAAAAUGGAAUGACUAACGUAGCCUAAUUGGAUUGUUGUGAGGCUUCUGACAUGGUUGUGACAUAUUAACCGGUAAUUGUAAUGUCAAAUCUUACCUUGUUCCUUCUUUAAGUUUUUAUUAUUAUUAUUAUUAUUUUAUUAUUUUUUUUAUAACGUGUACAGAUCUAUUUUGUUGAUCCGUUAACAAUUUAUAUAAUAUUUUGUACAGCCCAAAACUGCGAACGUGAUGUCUCCUGUUGGCAUCUGGCACCCCCUUUGUACCUCUCUGUUUGUUUCCUUUUCAUCUAUUACCUGUCUCUUCCUCCCUGUUUCCUUUCCAUCUUUCCCUCCUCCUUUCCUCUCCAUCUGUUACCUGUCUCUCCCUCCCUGUUUCCUCUCCAUCUCUUCCACCUUUCAUCUCCAUCUGUUACCUGUCUCUCAUCCUGUUUCCUUUCCUGCUACCUGACACAUCCUCCUACUUUCUUAUACAUCUAUUACCUGUCUCUCCCUCCUCCUUUUCUCUCCUGUUACCUGUCCCUCCUCUUCCCCUAACCUUGUCUCUUCCCGCGAGCCGCAAGACAUCGAAGACAUCCCUGGCAGCUGUCCGUGCCGAGGGAUACUAACUAUUUAAGUUAUUAAGAAUCCUCCUCUGCAGCCUCUCCUUUUCAUUAAUAAAACUGUGUAUAUGAAA